CAGACGCCACAAAAUUGUUUCGAGACUCACUUUCCGGAUUACCAGUACUCCAGCCGGCAGCAACUCCCGUUUGUCCAAUCAGCCUGUUCCCGAGUGUGGUUGAUCCUUCCAAGGCUCCUUCCAGUACAAAAUGUGCUCAUGUCCUUGUUCCGGAGGGAGACGGCCAUCUCAGUCAAGGGACCCCCAAUCUCGCCAACCUCCUGGACCCGGAGGUGGUGGUGGUGGCGGUGGCCCUGGAGGUGCAGGUGGGCCAAACCAGAAGCGUGGGCCCUGCGGUCCCAAGCCGUGCGGCGGAACCAAGUGCAACAAGUGCGGAAAAAACGGACCCAAGGGAAAAGAUGGUGGAAAUAAUGAUCCCAAAGGAAAAGGUGGCUCUGGACCCAAAGAUGGCGAUGGCGGAGCAGGCGGUGGUCCUUUCGGUCUUAGGGCGCCACCGAACAAUCGAGGACCCAAGGCUCUUGGAGUGGGUGCUCUGCUCUUCGCCUUCGGUGUCUUUCUCACCAUAAAAUUGGGCAUCGUGGCCAAUGCAAUUGGUUAAAUCUACACAGAACGGGAUUUCUGCCGGCCAAUGCGACAAAGAUCACUUACCACCAAGCCGAUGCGUCAAUUGGAGGAGGGUAAAAUAAAUUCAAAAUUGCGUAUUUUA